GAUGCGUCGUGGGCAGGUGUCGAGCAUCGCCAAGGCGACACCCCCUUCCACCCCGACUCCCGGCCUGGGGGAGGACCAGGCGAAGGAGCCGUCCUGGCGGACCAAAACCACCAACGCCUCUUCAUCCGCACCGUCCACCCCAGGCGGCGCGGGCGCUGGCUCGUCCCCCGGCGGCGGCGGCUCCGGGACCCCGGCGACCAAGUCCCCCGCGACCGCCAAGGCGCCAUCCGGACCCGCCUCGGCCGGGUCCAUACGCCGGGCCAACAGGCCACCGCUCAAGCUCAUCACGGGGGACAAGACGGUGCUGAACCCCACAGCGAGCGCGGUCCAGGCCCCGGCCACCGCGCCCGUAGCCAAGCUUAACAAGUACGGGUACGCCAAGGCACCCACCAGCGCCAGUCGCCGGAAGAUGUCCGACUUCCCUGGCGAGGUGGUCGAGAAUGGUGAUAUGUCCGCCGUAAUGGAGAACCUCACCCAGAAGAGCGCCAAACAGCAACAGCAACAGAUCUCUUCGUCGGCCACGGCGUCUACCUCGUCCUCCAGCAGCCGGAUCUCCACGUCGACGUCGUCCUCGAGCUCGCAGCGCGUCCACGUGUCCUCGUCCGAGAUGAAGGCCUCGUCCAUGAAGUCGGACCUGUCCGAGCUCAAGUCGAGCAUCAGCGAGAUGAAGAACCUGUCCACGCUGUCCAACAUGGCGGCCUUCAACAGCCGGCUGAGGAGCUCGCUCGAGGAGCUGGACCGGGACGACCCGCCGACGGGUGACGGUGAGCCGCUCGUCACCUUCCCGGACCCCGACACGCCGCCCCCCAUGAACGGCACGGUGUCGCUCGUGUCGCCGCCGCUGAGCAUCGCCAGCUCCAGGUCGCCGCCGCUCGUCGGCACGCCCGUCCUGGGCGCCAACGGCCUGGCCAUGGCCUCGGCCGCUACCUCCUCCAUGUCCUCGUCGGCGGAGACCUCCGUCAAGUUCGAGCAGAAGAGGGUCACCUCCGCGUCCAAGACCAAGGUGGUGACGGAGGGCUUCACGGCGGAGCAGCAGGCGGCGCACGCCGCGGAGCACAAGAGCGUGACGGCGGGUGAGAUGUCGUACCAGGAGGCCACGGGCGUGCAGGCGCUGCGCCAGCGGCUCGAGAUGGACGGCCUGGCCGCCGAGAAGACCGUCGCCAUGAAGCAGGAGCAGCGUUCGAUGAAGGCGUCCGACUUGUGCCAACAGGAGAGCCAGAAUGUGGCCGCAUCCUGCGUCAAAAUGCACACGGAGAACUUCAGCUCGGAGAAGAAAGCGGUUUCCGCUCAGCAACAGAGGCAGACGGUCGUCACCUCGGGGAUGUACAACCAGGAGAACCAUGUGUCGUCUUCGCACUCUUCCCACUCCAACUUCACCAUCAGCGGCAUGUCCAUGGCCAUGCAGCAACAGGUGAGCUUGGAGACGGUCGUGACUUGCUCGAGCACGAUCACGUCGACAGGGGUGCUCACAUCCGUGUCGGUGGUGUUGCAGCGCAAGCAGCACCUCAGCAUCCAGGAGGAGGAGCAGGUGUUCACGGACCUCGCCGACCUGGAGAGCCUGUCACCCACAUCCUCGCAGCAGGAGGUGGAAAACGCCAUCCUCAAGUACACAACGCAGCUGGAGCACGUCAUCAAGAUGCUGCGCACGAGGAACGACAAGCGUCAGGAGCCCAAGAUGCUGAACCGCAUCAACGACAUGAUCCGCAAGGCGUGGGCCGUGCCCACCCUGGGCCACGAGCUGGGCCACACGCUGUGCACCACGCUGCGCAAGUGCGGCGGCCUCGAGCUGCUCAUCGCCAACUGCGUCGCGUCCGACCGCGACGUGCAGUACUCGUCGGCCCGCCUGCUGGAGCAGUGUCUGACCACGGAGAACCGCGCGCACGUCGUCGAGAACGGCCUGGAGAAGGUUGUGAACGUGGCCUGCGCCUGCACGAAAAACUCCAACUCGGUUGACCACUCGCGCGUCGGCACCGGCAUCCUGGAGCACCUGUUCAAGCACAGCGAAGGGACGUGCUCGGACGUGAUCCGCCUGGGCGGUCUGGACGCCGUACUGUUCGAGUGUCGGAAGAACGACAUUGAGACCCUCCGCCACUGCGCGGGUGCGCUCGCUAACCUGUCGCUGUACGGUGGCGCCGAGAACCAGGAGGCUAUGAUCAAGCGGAAGGUGCCGAUGUGGUUGUUCCCGUUAGCGUUCCACAACGACGACAACAUCAAGUACUACGCGUGCCUGGCCAUCGCCGUCCUCGUCGCCAACACGGAGAUUGAGGCGGCCGUGUUGCAGUCCGGCACCCUGGACCUGGUCGAGCCGUUCGUGACCUCGCACAACCCGUCCGACUUCGCGCGCUCGAACCUAGCCCACGCGCACGGGCAGAGCAUGCACUGGCUGCGCCGCCUCGUGCCCGUGCUCAGCUCUAAGCGCGAGGAGGCCAGGAAUCUGGCCGCCUUCCACUUCUGCAUGGAGGCGGGAAUCAAGAAGCAGCAGCAAAACACAGACAUUUUCCGCGACAUUGGUGCCAUCGAGCCACUCAAGAAGUGCGCCUCGUGCCCCAACGCCGUGGCGUCCAAGUACGCCGCCCAGGCCCUGCGCCUCAUCGGCGAGGAGGUGCCACACAAGCUGAGCCAGCAGGUGCCUCUCUGGUCCACAGAGGACGUCCGCGAGUGGGUCAAGCAGAUCGGCUUUGCCGAGUACGCCAACAGUUUCGCAGACAGCCGCGUCGACGGCGACCUAUUGCUGCAGCUCACCGAAGAAAACCUUCGCACCGACAUUGGCAUCUCGAACGGAAUCAGAAGAAGAGGAUUUACCAGAGAGCUCCAAAUCCUCAAGAAGAUGGCUGACUAUUCGAGUAAGGACGUGAGCAACCUCAACUCAUUCCUUCAAGUGAUGGGUCCUGAGUUCUCCACCUACACGUACGCCAUGUUGAACGCUGGCGUGGACAAGGACUCAAUCCGUUGUCUGUCUGACGAUCAGCUCAUCAACGAGUGCGGUAUUGCUAACUCCAUCCACCGACUGAGGAUAUUAGAGUCCAUCCGAAUGAUGGAGAACUGUCCCGACAAUUCGUUCCAAGACAACCUAGAUAAGCCAUUAGACGUAUUUGUUAGUUAUAGGAGAUCAAAUGGUUCACAACUAGCCAGUUUACUCAAAGUUCACCUUCAACUCCGCGGCUUCCGCGUUUUUAUCGACGUAGAGAGAUUAGAGGCGGGUAAAUUCGACAACAAUCUCCUCCAGAGUAUUCGGCAAGCCAGACACUUCCUUCUCGUCCUCACGCCCAAGGCCCUGGACAGGUGUCGGGACGACCCCGAGUGCAAGGACUGGGUGCAUAAGGAAAUAGUGGCCGCCCUUCAGUCGCAGUGCAACAUCAUCCCCAUCAUUGACAACUUCACAUGGCCUGAUCCUGAGACGCUCCCAGAGGACAUGCGAGCGGUCUGCCACUUCAACGGUGUCCGGUGGAUCCACGACUACCAGGACGCGUGCGUCGACAAGCUGGAGCGGUUCAUGCGCGGCGAGCUGCAGAUGGGGAACAUGGGCCCGCUGUCCUCGUCCUCGCGCAGCAUGCUGAGCGGGGGCAAAGGGGACGCGACGCCCAGCCUCCCCGGCACGCUGCCCGGCACGCCGAGCAGUGCGUCCAUCGGGCGCCACCCUCCCGCCUACCAGCGCAUGCACUCCAACGAGUCCGCCAAGGGCUCGGGGUCGGACAAGGACAAGGAAUGACUAGACGGCCUCUCCUCUGCUGCCAAACAACCCAGAACAAUAUUGUUUUAAAAUAUCCCUUAGUUCAUGAGUGACAAAGCAUUUUGUAAUCGUAUGCUACCCUAAACAUGUAUUUUAUUUGUAGACAUUUGCUAUUUAAAAUGAGGCUGUGUUAUAAUUUGGAAUAAAAUGCCUUACCAGUAAAAUUUCAGUCUUUUGAAAAUUGUUGUAUAUUUGUUUUGUAAGGCAUAACAAAAGACGUUUUUAUGGUAUAUGUUGAUCAAGUCUUGUAAUUUUGGCUGUGUGAGUAUCACAAGAGGUGAUAAAUUUCACAGAACUGUUUUUCCAAGGUGCUUGCUUAAUGCUGGAAUAUUCAAAUAUGGCAUAAAAUAACUAUGAACUAAAAAACUAUUUUCUUCAAAAUGUUUUAUUACUUAAUUCAGUUAAAAUUUUAUCCAAUUUUGUACUUAUUUGUAAGAUACUAUCUGCCCCAAAUUCUGUGUAUUUGAAUAUAAAUUUGUAAGCUGCGUGAAUAUUAGGUUCAUUUCCUUUGUUUCGAUUUUUCAGCAAGAUUUUAACAUCAAUGUUUACUUAGGUUUGAAUAAAAUUAAAAAAAUAAAUAUCUGUAUGCCUACAACAA